AUGAUGCAGGCAGAGGAAGCAGCUUUCCUCGAAAUCGAAAGCUCAGAGGAUCGCGAAGUCUCCUCUGGACGAGGGCGAGUGGCUGUCCUGGCUGGCGUGAUUGGUGCCGUACUGGUCAUUGCCGUUGUCGGAUUGGCUGGCGUUGCCAUUUCUUACCGCAAAGAUCACUCCAUGCUCCGGGCAGCAUCAACCGAUGCCUUGGUGCAGCUAGCCCAAGAGUCAGGCGCGCUGCAGGCGCUGGCCCCACAGGAGAACCUCCACGACAGCAACCCAUGUGCUGAUGACGAGGAAAUCUUCGAGGGUUUGUGCUAUGCAAAGUGCUCAAUCCUAUCAGGUGGAAUGAGGCCUGUGAGGUGUGCAGCUCACAUUUGUGAGCCAUUGGACAGCAAUGGACAUCACAAAUGCCGCCUCAGCGCGGCCGCAAUUUCCGCAAUUUUGAGCUCUCCAUCCCUGUUUCCAUGCCAGGGGUACGAUGUUGCAGGGACACAGGAGGGAGCCAAGCGCUGCCCCCAUACGGCUGGAGCUUGCCUGAAUGACGAAGAGCUGUACCUUGGAACUUGCUUCAAGAAGUGCUCUGUCCUCACCAACGGGGUCUUCCCUCACCGCAAGGCAUUUGCUACCUGCUGCAAGACAGCGGAGUUCUUCCAGUGCUUGAUGCCGGGGCAGUCGAAGACGGCCCAAGCUUUCGCCGAGGGUGGUGGCGCCGGAGAUCAUGACUUUGUGCUUCAGCUGUCUCUCUUCCAGGUGAGCCAGGUGUACUCGAUGUCGGCCUUUUUCGGCUAUGCUUUGCAACAAGCUGAGCUGCGCUACAGCUUGGAGAAAGCUGCUGGCGACGCGGAGGCAGCGACGCUGAGCGAUUACGUGACCAAACUGGACUCGAAGGAGGUGAAUCUCCUGUCCGGCGGCAUGUCUCUGGAAGCUCAGCAGGCUAUCAAACAUCAGGUCGCAGGACUAUGCGGUGAGCUGGACGAGCUGUGGCAAGAGCUAAUGUCGGCGCUGAGCCCUCAAUCUGGCUCGGAAGAAGAGCUGUCGAAACUCAGGCAGGCCAUUGCCAAUGGCGAGGUCGAGUCUGUGCCAGUUAGCGUCUCAAGAUUGCGCCACAUCGCCUUGGAGGGGAUAGCUUUUGGCUUCCUUUUAUCUCGCGCAGAG